AUGAAGGAGAAGGUUUUGCUCCUGCUGCUCGCGCUCAUCGUCCUCGUCAUCGUCACUCUGAGAAUCGACAGAAACGUCGUCGAUAUUAAACACUACAUUGUGCACGACUACUCAAUUGAGGCAUCCACGAGGAGGAGGAACUCUUCUCAAAAAGAGGAGCCGAGGAAGGAAGUGCUGGAAGAAUUUGAACAGGUCAAAAGCGAAAAUGCUCAAAAGCAGCGCUCAAAAGGUCCUGUCAAAGUGCUGCUGAUUACGGCGCACCGCUCAGGAAGCACAUUCUUGGGCGAGCUGUUCAACCAAAACCCGGAGACUUUCUACCUCUUCGAGCCGCUAGCCGGAAUUCAAGGAGAACACUCGACUCUCGGCUGCGCGAAGAAUCCGACAAAGAAGCUCUCGCUGCUCAAUCGCUACUUCGACUGCGACACGCCGAGUUUCUACCAAAGCGUGCCCGUCCUCGAUCAGCAGACGAAGAAACUCAAGUUGGACAAGAACCGAAUCAUUCACGGCGGCAAAGUCAAGUCGCGCACUGACGACUUGCCGCGCGACGCCAUCGAGAUGGAAAUGCCAGAGCACGGCCGGAAAACCACAACUGGAGCUGCGACUCUGGAAUCUGCAAAGUUCCGCAGGAAAAACAAACCAUCGACAGAUUAUCGGGCAAAAAGACGGGCGCUGCAGUUGCACCCCGCUGGAUCCCUCGCUAAUGAACCAAAUGUGCCACAGCAAGAAGAUCAUCGCGCAGAAAGUGAUCCGAUUGUGCGACAUCGAUCACAUCGCGCAACUGGCGCACGAUCAGCCCGAGCUCAAGGUCGUCCUCUUCUUCCGCGACCCGCGGGGCAUCUACGGCUCCAGGCGCAAACUCGUCGGCCCGCGCGUUCUCAAACCUUCCAUCAACAUGACCUGCACAUAUUACGAAAAAGCGCUGGAUUUUGCUUCCUCCAAACCCGCCAACUUCGUCGCCAUUCGCUACGAAGACAUGUCCUGGCGCCGCUGGAAACCGCCCGAAAGAUUUACGAGUUCAUCGGGGAGCCCCUCCCGGAAGCGCUGGAAAAGUGGAUCAAGGUUCCGUCCUCCCACGACGAGCAAAAGUCCAAGUCGGCGAAGAAUCCGUACUCGACGGAGCGCAACUCGACGUACACUGCCACCAAGUGGAGAUUCGAAAACAGCUUUUCAGCCGUCGACUAUGUACAGAAAACCUGCCAGUCAAUGAUGCAAAAGCGGGCUACAACUUCGUCCGCCACGAAUCCCAACUGA